AUGACAGUAGCGCUAAGGAACUUCGAGUUCUUGUGUCACAACACUUUCGAUGAUAUCGUCUCCCGGCAGAACAAGUUGAUCAGCGCGCUUGCCAAAGAUGGGAGCCUGGCCAAUGCCAAGAGCGUUUUUGAUACGAUGCCUGCCAAGAACAUUGUCUCCUGGAACGCGAUGCUUACGGCACUUGCCAGGCACGGGCAAUUUAGUGAGGCUAUUGAUUUCUUUUAUCGAAUGCCCGGCUGGAAUCUCGUCUCCUUCAAUCUGAUGCUAGGGACGUACGCUCGGCAGAAAAAUCUAGAAGCUCUUUCCGUGAUGUUUUAUUCAAUGCUGGAGAAAAGUCUGGUUUCAUGGACGAUAUUCGUUUCUGCAUAUGCCCAAUCAGGGUAUCUGAAAAAUGCGGCACUAAUCUUUGACGGGAUGCCUGCUAGAAAUCUCUUCUCGUGGAACUCAAUACUGGAUGCAAUUGCGAAAUCCGGAGAUUUUCAAAGUGUGAUUGAUUUCUUAAAGAGACUUCCAGAGUAUGAUCUUGUAUCUGGUAACUCUGUGCUCAAGAAAUUUGCCUCUCUCGGGCAUUCUUUUGUCCCAAAAUCGUUUUUUGACUGGAUGGAGCUCCAUGAUAUCAUCACUUGGACACUCCUCCUUUCUUUCCACCUCCAGGAAAAUGAAUCCAGGGCGAUAGCCAGAAGAAUAUAUGAGUCCAUGCCGGAGCAUGAUAUCCCGUCGACAACAUUGUUCCUUGCAGCAUAUGCCCAAAGAGGCGGAGUUGAUGUAGCGAAAGACGUUUUUGAUGGUAUGCCGUAUCACGAUGUAAUAUCAUCAAAUGCAAUGCUUUAUGUUUAUGCGAGAAACUCAAAAGUUGACGAAGCUGAAAACUUGUUCUCAAAACUGUGCGAGAAAGAUUCUGUCUCGUGGAACGCUAUGCUUGCAGUUUACGCCGGAACCGGGCAUAUGGAUCGUUGUAAUGAUUUACUUUAUUACAUUCCUGAAAUUACUCCCAUGUCUUUUUCUACCUUGCUUUCUGCUAGUAAAACCGACUUUGAUUCUAGUUUUCUAAGCUUUAUCUUAGCAAAAUUGCCGCACCAUGACCUCUUCUCGGCAACAGCUCUCGUUGCAGUAUACGCCCGGAACGGGCUGUUUUUGGAAGCUGAGACCACAUUUAACACAAUGCUUAGCCGUAACCUUGUCUCGCUUAACGUAAUGCUGGAAGCACUUGUGCAGAACAGAGAUCUAGCAUUUGCAAAGGAGUUUUUCAACUGUAGAAUGCCUGAGCAUGAUCUUGUUUCAUUGACAACACUUGCAGUAGCACUCGCUGAUAAUAACCACCAGCACGAAGCUCUCAAGCUCUUCCACCAUCAGCACCACGAUUCUUUCUCCACGACAGUCUUGCUAACAUCUCUCAGGCAGGCCGGAUUCUCAUCAAAAGCCACAAAAAACUCAGAAAGAUCUCUGGAACAGGACAGUCCCAUCGUGCAGAAUUCAGCUUUCCAAGCCAAAUCUGGAGAAUCUAUUGGAGAUGCCCUUGACACCUUUUGGAGCAUGUGUGUGAAUGGCUUAGAUUCAAAUGAGGUGCUGAUGAUAAGUGUCUUGAACGCUUGUAGCCACUCGGGCGAUGUUAUGGCCGGUCGACGCUACUUCCAGUCGAUUUGCGCAAACCAUGGUACUCCCUGGACGAGGCAAGAAUUUGGUUGCAUGAUAGACCUCUUGGCAAGAGCUGGGAACUUAGAGGAGCCACAGUCAUCACUGCUAGGCAUCAUCGGUAGGAGUUAUAGUUUUGAGCCAAAGGCCCCACGGUUGGACAUCCAGACCAACUGGGAUUUUUACAGACAUAAAAAAUGCUCACCUCCAAAGUCUUCAUCCUGGACUUUCCUCCUGCGUGAUCUUGAGAUAAAAACAAACACCGCAAACAAAAACCAAAGACCUUGCGUGUUUUGUGCUGAGCAAGCGUGCUCCAUCGCCAAAGUAGCUCACUGUCCAUGCAAGACGAGACGGCGAGCUACUAGCCGGUUGCUCGGGCGCAAAGUGCAAGGUCCAGCCAUGGUGGAGAGUCCUGGAUUCACAACGAUACAAACUCAUGGAAGUCAAGAGAAAAAAAACUACUUACGCGUCUCCAGCAGCGAGUUCUCUGAGCUCCGCUGCGGCCUGGCAGAGUCGAGGGUGGAAAACGAAUUCGUCCAGAGAACAAGCUCUUCGGUGGAGAUGGAAGAAACCACGUCAUAA